AGACUAGGUCGCCAUGACAACUAAAAUAUAAACAAGUCACCAAAGAGGUUUAUAAAAAUACAGUUUGCUACGAUGUCGAAAAAAUAAAUAUUUAAUAGUGACUACAAUGGUAACCAUCACGCGGUGGUUGGAUGUGGAAGUAGGCACAGGAGAUGUUGGCCUAAACACGCUGCCGGCAAACCUAGCUCUCCUGGACUUGCAAAAUGAUAACGAGUUUAAACUUGUUGUUGGAGAUCUUGGGAGGGGGGACGAAGGGCCUAAGUUGAAAGUUUUCAAAGGGGCAAUGCAAACAGCAGACAUGCUUCUCCCCGACCUACCACUGGCUAUAGCCGGGUUCUACGCUAACGAGGUGGUACCCCGGUCCACCCCUCUCAUAGCAGUGGCUUUCAGCUCCUGCGUAUAUAUCUACAGAAACAUGAAGCCGUUCUUCAAAUACUAUUUACCUUCUAUUGAACUCAGUACUUUGGAAAUGGAUGUAUGGAAUCAGCUAGCAGAUCCAAACAACCACAGCACAGAAGCACUAACAAUAAUAUCAGAAACCCUAAAGACAAUACCAGACAAGAUCCUUAGUAUGCAGUCGAGGAACUUCCUUUCGCUAACACCAGAUGAACAGCUGGAAUAUCUGGAGCAGAAAUCAGAGACACCAACGUGGAAGCCGCCAGAGAUAGUGUGUUUGACCACGCUAAAACUGAGCUCAGUGGAACGGUAUUCUGCGAGCUGUUUGGUAGUGGGUACGGAGGAUGGUGAUGUUAUUGUACUAGAUCCACAGACCUUAACGCAAUUGUCUCAGGCAAAGUUAAGUUCGGUGAAGAAAACACCGUACCAAAUGGUGGCAACGGGACUCUACAACGUUGACUACAGAAUAACUGUGGCUACUAGAGAGAAGUCCGUGUGCAUUCUGAAAAGGGAUUGGACCGAGGGUCGCCUUCUGUUCAGCACCCAGGACCACAUCAUAGCGAUCGAGGUGGUCACGUCAGACAACAGCAUCAUGGUCAUCUGCACUGAUAACACCAUGUCUUGUUACACCAGGAAGGGUAAGAAAAUGUGGUGCGUGACGCUGGAGCACCGGCCGGUUGCCAUGACGACGGUGCCGGUUAUGCAUCUCGGCGUCACGCUCAUCGGAGUAGCGCUCGCCUCGGGACACGUGCAUUUAUACGAAGGGAAGGCGCGGGUCGAUACUAUAUUUGUGAGAGAUGUAGUAUCAGUAAUGAAAUUCGGGAGGCUUGGUCAAGAGGAACAUGUCCUCAUUAUUGUGAGUGGAAGUGGAAACCUAAUGCUGAAGAUAUUGAAACGCACUGCUGAUUUCAACUCGCAUUCUGCUGGAGUGGAGAUGUCGCCCAGCGUGGCUGCUGGACAGAAACCCUGGCUCAUACCCAAGAAGUCCAAACUGUUUCUCGAGCAGUCUAUGAGGGAGAGAGAAAAUGCUUUAUCAAUGCACGAGACAUUCCAGUUUGAGUUGAAUAAGCUGCGUCUGUUGACUGCGAAGACUUUGCUGGAUGCUCAUGCCAAGUCCGAGAACUCUGUCGGCGCUGGUGCUAUGGAGUUAUUGAGGCUGACCGCUGAGGUGGAAGGCCUCGGUCCUGUGUUCCGCAUCACGCUGAUGGUAGAAAACACGUCCAGCGACAAGGCUGUGAUCGGUCUUGCCAUACUGUUCCACGUGCACACCGCCAAUUACAAGGUCACCAAGCCUUAUAUUAAGAUCCCGCUCCUCUCUCCAGGCGGGAAACUAAAAUUCCCAACGAAAAUAGAAGAGGUUUUCGAAGACAACAUCAACCCCGAUGUAUUCUUCAGACCAGUGACAGGGGAAGGCGGGGAAAGGUCGCUAGUUAAAAUACUAUUGUUAAAAGAGGAGAGGCGGACUCCGGUGUUGGCCGCGAUUGUCCAAAUGCCCCCCACUGACCCUCUGAUGCUGCCGUUUGACAAGUUACAGGCAGCUGGUGGAUUCCAAGAGGGAACGGAAUGGGAUGUCGGUGGCAAGUAAUGUGGAAAAGAUAACUGUGACAUGUUUAUGGAUAAUUGAACACAAUAUAAAAAUAAUCAUUAAUAUAAUUUAAUGUUGAGGAGUGCCCCUCUGCAUCUUCGAAGUUCAAGGUCUCUACAUCAAUGAAAUUCAAAUGGGACCAUUCCGAUGCUCUAUGAAAUCGAUCUCAAAAACAAUCAUGUAACGAUCUAAAUCAUGGAGGUCAUGGGGUAAAAAAUUAUCGUUGAACAAACUUAUUUUUUACGACGAAUAAAUAAACCUUCCUCUA